CAGUAGUCCCCAACCAUUUUUACUUGUAAGCAACACUUAAAUGUAAAAAAAAAAAGUUGGGGGAGACCAAUAUGGUCUGUGAUUGGUUAUUUGGUAGCCUGUGGACCGGCAGCCUACAGAAGUUUCUGUUUGGCAGUGCACAUGGUCUUUAUGCCCCCAAAAAAUGUUUAAAAAAUGAAAAAUAAGCACCUGCCUUAAGGCCACUGGAAGCAACAACCAAGGGAUUGGGGCACAACAUGUUGCUUAUGAGCCACUGGUUAGGGAUCACUGCAUUAGAUUAUAUAUUGUGCUGUCUGCAAUUUCUCCCUGUGUCUCCCAACCCCAAACCCUUGGCCAGACUUCCCAGUAUAAUAGGGAUAUAGUGGCUCCUGUGAGCAGCCCUUCAGCUUUUGUCUGCCUUUUUGUUGUCUGUGCAUGGCAAGGAUCACUGACUGCCUCCCUCAGACCCUGUCACUUGCUCUGAUCUUUAACUCUUCUUUGAGUCUUGCACACCUCCUCUUUUUGCAGCUAAGAGUUUCAGUUUCAGGACUUGGUAUUAUGGGUUUACUUAGGUCUUCAAAUUCAAUUUUGGUUGGAAUUUUGCUGCCUUUGGUACUGUCUGGUUCCAUGUUUCUAUCUCUUGUCUUUCCCUUCUUUCUGAUCCCAGUAGAGAUUAACGCAGUCCAUUGCACAGACGGAACAACAUGGCGGGGAAGAACGGGGACGGUUUUAGUGAAGUAGCAGAAGAGGGACCAAGUGGAAUCCUUAACAAAAUGUUUCCCAAAAUGAUCACUCAGAGUGCUGCAAAAGACUGGAUUAACAGGCGUCGUGCACAGAUCCGCCCAUGGAAAAAUUUUGUGGAUCAACGGCGUUUCUCUCGCCCCCCAAAUUUCGGAGAGCUGUGUAAGCGUGUGACAAGGAACAUCGAGCAUUUUCAAAGCAACUAUAUAUUUAUUUUCCUGGGACUUAUCCUUUACUGCAUAAUCACCUCCCCCAUGUUACUGAUUGCAUUAGCUGUGUUCUUUGGAGGUUGUUACAUUGUUUACCUGAGGACCCUGCAGUCCAAGAUGGUUCUGUUUGGACGCGAGCUCAGCACAGCCAAUCAGUAUGGCUUGGCAGGGGCCGUAUCGUUCCCCUUUUUCUGGCUUGCAGGAGCCGGUGCGGCUGUCUUCUGGGUUAUUGGCGCCACACUGGUUGUGAUUGGUUCCCAUGCAUCUUUUCAUGCGAUUGAAGGAGAUUUUGAGGAACUUCAGAUGGAACCCGUGUAACAGUUUUACCCUGGUAUCACCCUUGGAACCCCCUGGAAGUGCAUUUCCCUGGGACUAUUGAACCCUAACUGAUUUAAUCUCUCUGCUCCAUUUCUUUCUUGCUUUUGGUUUACCCCUUCCCAGCUUGCACUUCUGCAGCAGGUUUUGCACAAAUAUUUCUGAAGGUCAGUAAAUCCUCUCCACAAGGUGAAAUAAGGCAAAUAAAAUCCCAUAGGAUUUUAUAUAUGCACAACUUGAAAAGACGCAACUUUGGACACUGAGGAAAUGGAAGGAUUCAGUGCUAAAUACUCAUAAUCUGAAUUUGUAAACUAUACUGUUUAUGUGAUCUUGUUAUUAAAGUAAAAAAACUUGUAUAUAA